AUGCGUAGUGCGCCAACCUUCUAUCGCAACCUAGAGGAAGCUCUUGAUGUCCGAAGAAAGGAUCAUGGACUACAUACUCUAAUCAAAAACACAUGGGCAGAUGGAGCGACCGCAGAUUUCUGCUCCAACGAUUCGCUUUCUUUUGGUGCCAGCGGAAGAUUGCGCAAGGCUUUUGAAACAGAACUGGCUCAAAAUAUUGGUGCACAGCUUGGAGCUGGUGGUUCUUGGUUCUCGUUUGAUGGAUGGCAAUUAUGA